AUGGAAAAUCGUUUGCUCUUCUUCAUCAUGAUCUUUGUCACAUGUUACUCUAUGACAACACAACAAGCUCUGAAUUCAUCUUUCACUUCCUCUGGAGUGAGAUGCCUCCCCCAAAUAAGCUAUGCUUUGUUGCAACUAAAGCAAGAGUUUGUCUUUCAAAAGCCCAAUUACAAUCAUUUUGAUGAGCCAACUCCAUUUAAUGAGACCCUUUCUUACCCAAAGAUGAGGUUUUGGAAGGAAGGAAAGGACUGCUGUGAGUGGGAUGGUGUCACGUGUAGCAGCAGAACAGGACAAGUAGUAGGGCUUGAUCUGAGUUCUAGCUGGCUUCAAGGGCCUUUGAGUUCCAAUAGCAGCCUCUUCAGCUUAAGUCAACUUCACCGGCUCAACCUUGCCUACAACAACUUCACUCUUUCCAAUAUGCCAUCAAGCUUUGCUCAGCUUUCGAGGUUAACCCAUCUCAACCUCUCUCACUCCUUUUUUUCUGGUCAAGUCCCUUCUGAAAUAGCUUUGUUGUCCAAUUUGAUGUCUCUUGAUCUCUCUUCUAAUUUUGACUAUGAUUAUGAUCGUGAGAUGGUUAUUAGCCUUUUAUAUAGCCCAACGAUAGCAUUUGCUCAAAACAUGACAAAAUUAAGAGAACUUCAUCUGAACAGUGUGAAUCUUUCUUCACUACUACCUGAAUCUAUGGCUAACCUAUCCUCCUUGACAUCUCUAUCUCUUAGAGAUUGCAAUCUGUAUGGUGAAUUUUUGCAAAACAUUUUUCAUCUACCUAAUAUUCAAGUCAUCGAUGUGUCAUCCAAUCAAAACCUCAAUGGAAUAUUACCAUAUUCCAUUGGCGAUCUCAAGUUCUUAAGUGUUUUAGAUCUCUCAAAUUGUAAUUUUUCAGGGACCAUUCCAUCUUCAGUUAAGAAUAUGUCACAUCUCUCAAGUCUUGACCUAAGUUUCAACAACUUUGAUGGUCAACUUCCACCAACUUUGCUCAUAAUGCCUUCCUUACAAUCUCUAAGUCUUUCUUUUAAUCAGUUUACAAGCCCCCUGACCAUUCCAUCUUCAGUUAAGAAUAUGUCACGUCUCCCAAGUCUUGACCUAAGUCACAACAAUUUUGAUGGUCAACUUCCACCAGCUUUGUUCAUAAUGCCUUCCUUACAAUCUCUAAGUGUUUCUUAUAAUCACUUUAAUGGCCCUCUAACCAUUCCAUCUUCAGUUAAGAAUUUAUCACAUCUUUCAUCGCUUGAAUUAAGUUCCAACAAUUUUGAUGGUCAACUUCCACCAGCUUUGUUCAUAAUGUCUUCCCUACAAUAUCUAGGGCUUGACCAUAAUCACUUUAAUGGCCCUCUAACCAUCCCAAAUGUCUCGUUAUCAUCCCAAUUGACAUACCUUAAUUUGGAUGGGAACAAGCUAACCGGAAAAAUUCCAAGGUCAAUUUUUGAAAUGCGAAAACUUGAAAAGUUGUACCUUAGUGACAAUAACUUAAGUGGCAUAGAGAUGAGCGUGUUCUCAAAGUUGAGUUCGCUUCGAAGUCUUGAUCUUUCAUAUAAUAAUCUAGUUGUAAUGGAAAACACAACAACAAAUUCCACUCUAAUCAUCAAACUUAAUUAUUUGGGUUUGGCUUCAUGCAACAUUACAGAAUUUCCCAAGUUCCUAAAAACCCAAAAUGAGCUACAAGAUUUGGAUCUCUCCAACAACAAAAUUGAAGGCAAGAUCCCCAAAUGGUUCUUUACUAUAGGGGUAGAGACCUUGGAGAUAUUAUAUCUGUAUAAAAAUUUCAUCACCGGUUGGGAACAAGUGCCGAAAGUGCUUCCGUGGAAAGCGUUGUUGAUUCUUCACUUAAGCCACAACAUGUUUCGAGACACAUUACCAGCUCCACCAUUUUCUGUAACGAGGUUUUACAUUUCGAAUAACAACAUUAGUGGGAAAAUUCAUCCAUUGUUCUGUGACUUGACUAAUCUAGAACAACUUGAUAUGUCCAAUAACAACUUAAGCGGUGAGAUUCUUCCAUGUCUUGGGAAUUUGACUUCGCUUUAUCUUUUGGACCUCUCAAAAAAUAGGCUCUCUGGUAGAAUUCCUCGAAUGGGAAACAACUCAUUGUUCUGCAAUUUAAGAAAUCUUGUUGUUCUUGAAGUCUCAAAUAAUCAAUUAAGUGGCUCUAUUCCACAAUGCUUGGGAAGUUUCAGCUACAAUCUUAAAGUGUUGAUUAUGAAAGAGAACAAUUUUAGUGCAGAAAUGCCUCAGAAAUUUGUGGAUGGGAGCAGUCUAAUUACUCUCGACCUCAGUCAAAAUCAAUUAGAAGGAAUGGUUCCACAAUCUGUAACCAAGUGCAAUGCAUUGGAAAUUCUAAAUCUCGGAUACAAUCAACUAUCUGGCACUUUCCCCUCUUGGUUACAAAAUUUGGAAAGUUUGCAAGUUCUUGUGCUGCGUUCCAACAAAUUUCAUGGUCCAAUAUGGGAUCCCAAGAAGUUUAUGGGCUUUGAGAAACUACUGAUUGCCGACCUCUCUUUCAAUAAGUUCAAUGGAACAUUGUCAUCAGAUUACUUUGCCAAUUGGAGUGCCAUUAAUACACACAAUAAUAGUGUCGAUAAGUCAAAGCCGGAGUACAUCGAUGAUGGAAGCUACUAUGAGUCGGUAACUGUGACUAAUAAAGGCUUUGAAAUGGAAUAUGUCAGGAUCUUAACCAUCUUCACCUGUGUCGACCUCUCAAACAAUAAUUUUCAUGGUGAAAUUCCAAAAUCUGUAGGGGAUCUCCGAUCAUUGAUUGUGCUGAAUCUAUCGAGUAACAAUUUUGACGGCCACAUUCCACAAUCGUUUGGGAAUCUGAAAGAAAUUGAAUCAUUGGAUCUCUCCAACAACAAGCUCUCUGGAAGAAUACCUCAGGAAUUGGCAACUCUCACAUUUCUCGAGUAUCUCAACCUUAGUAAUAACCAACUUACGGGGCCGAUACCACAAGGUGGACAGAUUAGUACAUUUCUGAAUUCUUCAUUUUAUGGAAAUGAAGAAUUAUGUGGCUUUCCAUUAUCAGAGGAAUGUGAUAGCAGUGAUGAGUCUCCAAGUACACUUGAACAUGAAUCAGAAUCUGAAUUUGAGAGUGGUUUUGGUUGGAAAGCAGUGCUUGUGGGAUAUGGAUGUGGCUUUCUUGGUGGACUGUUGGGUGGAUAUUUCUUCAUUUCGAAGAUAUAA